UUUGAAUGAAUCCGCCCUGGAGAAUCACCACCACUUGGAAAACGAUGCUUUUUCGGACAAGUCUGAGAGAGACAAUGUAGAAGAGUCAGAGAAUGAAACGCAUGAGAACAGCCGGAAGACAAAUGAAAGCGAGAGCGAUCAGUCAGAAAUCCAUGGAGAGGUCUCUCUGGGAAGGAAAGGGACAACUUAUAUUGAACAGAUCUAUGAGGAAUUUGGGGAGACAGGUGAAUCGUCUCAAACAGAAACCGUCUCUGAGGAGAACAAGAGCCUGAUGUGGAUACUGCUGAAGCAGCUGCGCCCUGGCAUGGACCUGUCACGGGUGGUGCUGCCCACCUUCAUCCUGGAACCACGCUCCUUCCUUAACAAACUCUCCGAUUACUACUACCAUGCUGACCUGCUUUCUCAGGCGGUCCUUGAAGAUGAUCCGUACAGUCGAAUGAAGCAAGUUUUGAGGUGGUACCUGUCCGGCUUCUAUAAGAAGCCAAAGGGAAUAAAAAAGCCAUACAACCCUAUUCUGGGAGAGACGUUUCGCUGCUGUUGGUUUCACCCUCAGACGAACAGUCACACGUUUUACAUUGCAGAACAGGUGUCCCAUCAUCCGCCAGUGUCAGCUUUUCAUGUCAGCAAUAGGAAGGAUGGAUUCUGCAUCACUGGCAGCAUUCUAGCUAGGUCCAAGUUUUAUGGUAACUCACUUUCUGCACUGUUGGAUGGCAAAGCAAAGCUGAUGUUUCUAAACAGGGGGGAAGAUUAUAUAAUUACUAUGCCAUAUGCCCACUGUAAAGGCCUUCUAUAUGGUACCAUGACAAUGGAGCUUGGAGGGAAAGUUACCAUCGACUGUGAGAAAACUAACCAUAGGGCAGAACUGGAAUUCAAGCUAAAGCCCUUCUUCGGUGGAAGCGCAAGCAUUAAUCAAAUCUCUGGGAAGAUUAAAUCAGGAGAAGAAGUGUUAGCAAGUCUCAGUGGACACUGGGAUGGGGAGGUGCAUAUAAAUGAGUUGAAAAACGGGAACACGGAAAUGUUCUGGAACCCAACCAGUGAAGUCCGAAGGCAGAGGCUGAAGCGCCAUAUUGUGCUGUUUGAGGAGCAGAUGGACUUUGAGUCGGAGAGGCUUUGGCAGCACGUUACCAGUGCAAUAAACAAAGGUGAUCAACACAAGGCUACGCAGGAAAAAUUUGUGCUGGAAGAGGAGCAGAGGAAUGCUGCCCGAGAGCGGAGAGAGAAUGGCACAGAAUGGAAACCGCUGCUCUUCCAGCACGAUGCCACAACUAACGAGUGGCGCUACAAAUACGAGGAUUUAAGACCUUGGGAUCCUUUGACCGACAUUGCCCAAUUUGAGAAGAAUGGGAUACUUCAGACCAUGGAAAGACACUUAUCCACAAGGAUGUCAAACCACAAAACAACAUGCAUAAACAAUCAAAUGACACGGCACAAGAGGUCUGCCAAAGAGUGCAGGCGCCGCAAAACCAGCGAUCAGCCAUCCAACCACAGCCAGAAUACAGAGAGCAGCUGUUCAACGCCAGAGUCGGUGCAGGAGCUCUCGGAUGAUGAUGGGUUUGACAGCCUGUGUGCUCAGUGUGGGAAAGAAAUGAAUCACCUGAAAGAAAUCCAUUCAGCCGUCUUAUCCCUACAGAGAGCCCAACAAGACAUACACAGAAACCUCAGUGCUCUGAACAAAAAGUCCUUCCAUAGGAAGGUCUCUUCUGAAAGCUUCCUCCUGGACUCUCGCUGUUGGUUUCUCCUCUGCAUCUUUCUUACAUGUCAACUAUUCAUUAAUUAUGUCUUCAAAUAAAAUCACUACGUUUGGCAGCAAUAACGAUUAUGGGCUGCAGGAGGGGGCCACUCACGCAAGGAGCCGAGUGAGGCACCAAAGCACUUUAGAACCAAUGCGGCAGAGGUGGAAGAAAGUUGAAAAAGAAGGUUAAAAAGGGACCUAGGAACCUGCAAAACUUUGUUCCUGCAGAUUAUGUCAUUUUUGCCUUUUACAUGUACAUCUUCAAGGACCUCUUAACCUGUACGGGCCUUAAUGCUGAAGCCAAAUGUAGCUUUAAUUGUGCAAUUUGUUUUCUAUGUCGUGUCAUUUUCCGAUGCAAUUAAUAAUUACUCAGCAGUAUUGGUACCCCCACAAUAGUAAACACCCCAGCGUUUUGGAAGGGCCAUGCUGGCCUGGUUCAUAGGUCUAUGAGUGAGGGAGUGCAGCUGGGGAGAUGUAAAGAACGGACGUCCAUGGUCCUGUCUAGCUGCAUUUAAUCAUGGGAGGGAGCACACUUGGUCCAAAAAAUCCACCCCCGGGAUAUUAAGUCAUUAUUUGUUUUGUCAGCACACACAGAAUGGGACCUCAGGAUGUGUUUUAUUUUCCAUUCCACGGGACUGUAAAUAUGCACAAUUUCCUAGAGCCAUUCCUCUUUAGGAAAUGGCAAGUAUCCAGUGAAAGCUCCUUGUUUGGUUAGGGAGCUGACUGGUGUCCUGGACCGGGCCCAUUGGGUGUAACGUCAGACAUGCCUGUUUGUGAGACCUGGUCACUAUUAUCAUUAUUAUUUGCUAUAUGGCUGUUUUAUAAUAUCACACACUAGCGUUGUAGAGAGGAAUCCACUGCCCCAGGAUAGGUGAGAAGGACAAGAGUGACAUAGGUGUAUGUGUGUUUGGUCGUAGGCACAUUUGUUGUCAAAGGUCAGGAAGGCAGAAGGGUUUUGCCACUGCAUUGUUCAACUCUGUUAAUAGUCUUCCUAUUUUACACCAUUUUUUAAAGAUUUGCAAUAUUUUCUGUAGACUGCGGACAAUACUAAGCCUUUCUUUUCUGGCCUGAAGUAGUUCCAAGUGGUAAGUACUGCUAUAUAUACAGCCUUAAAAUACUUAAUGGUGGUGCCAGUCUGGGCUAUCUUUCAAUGUAAAUGUUUCCAAAUUUUUAAGUACAUUCCUCGUCAUAUUCCCCAGUUAGGGGAAACCUGUUUGUGCUUGACAUGUUGAAAUAAAAACUACACACAA